GAGAGUAUCGAUUGGUUACCUGCGCUCCUAAACCGGGGCAGCGGCUUCAACGCCUGGAGGAGGACCAGGAUGGCACCUUCCUACUCAAGGACCAAGACGACGGGCGAUGCCUUUCCGCGCUGUCCGGGAAUGUCCUUGGCCUGUCAGAGUGUACCCCGCAGCAGAGGUGGAGACUUCGCACGCAGGGCGGGGCAUCGCAGGUGCAGCAUGUUCUCUCCGCCAACUGCAUAGAUGCAGGGAGCGAGCACAAGCCCAUCUUGUACCCCUGCCACACUGGGCAUGUCAACCAGCCGCAGAAGUUUUCAUUCAUAGCCAAUCCUGGCUGGAUACAAAAUCCAAUCACUUGGGGCGACAAUGGCCGGCGACGAACUUUCGAGACUUGCCUGGACCGCCUGCCCACUCAACAGCAGAACAUCGCUGUCCUGGACUGCGCAGACACGCGCUCAUCUGGAGUUCGGUGGGAACUCCUGAAUGCCUUCGUGCCUCUGGAGAGGCAGCUGUGGGAUGCGGCGGACAAGCCACCUCCCGACACGCCGGUCUUGGGCGGCGAUAAAGCGCCACCUUGA